GUUAGGGAAGGUGUCGCGUGAUGCCUGAGGCCUCCAUCCCCGCCAAAUCACGUCGCGUCCUCCAUUACGCGAUCCAACUUUCAUCAAGCGUCCGCUCUGUCUUUGCUUCCUUGAUCCACCACACACCGGUUGCAUCCACAUCACUGCGGCCUUCAAGAUGCUGGCAGUCACGACAAACCCUCGCAUCGAUCCCAAGAAACGCGCCGUCCUCGACCCCCGCAAACGACAAUUCGCCAAAGCACAAUGGGUCGAGCAAGAGUAUGCCCAUCGCAUGAACUUCUACACCACCCCGCCCACCGGUGACAUCAGUCUCGAGCAGUUCGAGGAAUGGGGCAUUGCGCGGUUAAAGGUGCUGGCUGAGCUGGAAGCCUGCCAGUUCCGCAAUAAGCCUCCCGCCGAGACGGAGGAGUACAUGCGUCCGGUGUUGGAGAAGCACAUGCGACUGAGCAGUACGCGCAGUAGGAGCUCGGAAACGGCAAUGGAGAGGAAGAAAGACCACUACUCCCACUGGUCCUUGCGCCUGGCUUUCAGCGGUACGGCCGACCUCCGACAAAGAUUUGCCCGGCUGGAGACGCAACUCUUCAAACUGCGCUUACAACACGACGAUCUCGCCGAGCGAAGGGCCUUCAUCGAUUCCCUCCCGAUGAGCUGGGAGACGGUGACUGCGGAGGAGAAGAAUCUGUGGCUGGAUGAGCUCAAAGCUGCUACUGGCUUCAGCUCGAUGAGAGGCGAUGAGGAAAGCUGGUUCAAGGUCGAUUGGGAGAUGGUCCCCGAGCUGGUCGAGAGACGGCAGGUCUUGCUCAAAAGGGGCAAGGCGUAUGUGCAUGUCAGAGAGCAGCAGACCAUGGUCGUCAACGAGUUCUCGCGCCGUCUCGAGGCCGGCCUUGAACUUGCCGCCCGCUUCUUACCGCGCAUGGACGAAGACAACCGACUCGCCCCAAUCCUGCAUCACUUGUCGCAAUCCUUUGUUGCGCCAGAUGCAGGCUACAGCGAAAGUUCGAGCAUUGGUGACAUGGCGAGCAUCAAUGCCAGUAGCAUCGAUGCCCUGAGCCAGCACUUCCCCCUCUGCAUGCUAAAUCUACAUCGCGAGUUGCGCAAAGACAGCCACCUGAAGCACUACGGCCGCCUGCAAUACACUCUCUUCCUUAAAGGAAUCGGCCUGAGCCUCCAAGAGUGCAUUGUGUUUUGGAGGAAGAGCUUCAAGCUCCUCACCGACGAGAAAUUCAAAUCGGAGUAUUUGUACAAUAUCCGCCACUCGUACGGAGACGUGGGCGGCGAUGCAAACAAGCGAGGUCGAGGUUACACGCCUUACUCUUGCCAGAAACUCCUCACAGAGGCCCUUCCUUCAGGUGGCCAGAGUCAUGGAUGUCCGUACCGAACAUACUCCCCGGACAAUCUGGUUGCUUUGUUACAAAACGUCGGCAUCAACGAUCGCGAGCUUCUGCGUGGAGUGAGGGAAGAUGUGGGCAAGCAACGGUAUCAUAUCGCUUGCAACAGAGUGUUUGAGACAACACACAAGAACGAGAUCAAGAAGGUCAAGGACCAAUCACUUUGGCCCGCCAGUGAACUUGAUACCAUCCUUCAUCCCAAUACAUACUUCAAGCGAGGCUUCCUGUUGAAGAACCUGGGAAAGGUGCAGAGUGGAGAUAUUGGAGUUGACGUACCGACGCAGAUGUCGGAGUAAUGACGGCCGAACGGCAACGAGCAUAUCGGAGGCAUUGCAUAUCGCGAAGGCGUUUUACUGUUGGAUUAGAAGAACUGUCAGCUGUCUAACAUGGCACUGGAAUUUCAUGCACGUCGCUUUUCACGAAUAUUGGAGAGACGGAUAUGGGUUUACCUGAAACCUCUGAUCCGUGCAUCAGGCUGCGCCCGUGCGUAAUUCAGAGCACAACGG